AUGGCCCCAACUUAUCUCGAGACCCUCGACCACUUCACCACCUUCCUCACAGCCUACACACAUACGCUUCUCUACCUACGCACCCUCUAUCCGCGCGCCUCGUUUGUCCAAUCGCGCUUCCACAAUACCUCCGUCUUCCAGUCACGGCAUCCGCUCGUCUGCGAAUGGAUAACCGACGCCAUCGCCGCCGUGGGCGAGGAGCUCUUGAACGGCAGCGUCGCUAGAAUUGCUAUCGUAGUUUUCAGCUAUGAAGGCGAUCAAGCAAGUGCAGCAGGCAGUGCAAAAAUAAUGGAGCGAUACAUGUUUGAUGUCAGUAGCUUCCCAAUCGUGGACAAGGGAGAUCGCAACAUGGAAAUUGAGUGGCAAGGAACAACACCUGAUGUGUCCGAUAAUGAAGACGAGAGUGGCAUCUUGAAGCGAGGAAAGACAAAGGCGUUGGAUACGGAUGUACAUGUCAAUCUCUCUGAGCAGUUUCGCGCGGCCUUGAUUGCCCUUACCACACGCACAUCCACGCUCGCUCCUCUACCGCCCAAAUGUUCCUUCAACAUUAGCAUGGAGCUCAAAGAUGAAGGUGAUAUAGAUCCGCCAAUCGGACACCCACAGCCGUGGAUCCCAGUCCAACCCAGCCUACAGAAGACGGGCAGAACGGCAACCAUCCGAGAAGAGUUGGAGGAAGAAGAGUUUGAGAGCGGCAGGCGGAUAAGAAAGGAGGGAGGGGAUUUGGGCGGUGCAAAGGUAACGCCCAUACGCAGUGUGCAAUUAGGCGUCUUGAGAUUCGAGACUUGGAUAGAAGAGGCAAAGGCAAAAUUGCAGGCUGAUAGCACAAAGACGAGCUUUGCCAGCUCAAUAUAA